AUGCAGUCGGGACUCUCCAUUGGUGUGCUAUUGAGUUCGCCGCAUCUCUCCGCGCCGAAGAUUACAGAUGCGAACCGGGCAACGACAUUGGCUAUGACUCUGAAGAUACGUCGCCUUCUCACACCCGAUACCAGCACCAGCACCCCAACGACCAAGCUACGGAACAUGCGGUCAUCCCCUCCCCCGCUUCGAAGCGCAUCUUGA